UCAAACGACGACACCAGUUGAGAUUGGAGAUUCUGUGAGGGCAGGCUCUUCUCGAAAAUACUGAAGAAAAAUCGACUUUUCUUCUGUCGUCGUCUCAUUACAGGUCACGAAGAAACACACACCGCCGGAAGAAAUCGAUCGAGUUACAUCCUCCAAAUUUUUUGUGAAAGUUUAUUCAACCAUUUGGAAAAGGUGUUCGCGUGUGUGCGGUUUUUCGAGUGAAACGAAAGCGACGUUUGUGACAAUGUGAAUCGAAAAUGUGCCACGCCUUUUCUUAGAAUUUUAAUUUUUCAGUCUCCUUCUAAAUCGCAAUGAUAUUCGUCGAUCUGCGACUCUGAACAAACGUCUUCAAAUAUCCCCCACAUUUCGGAAGCUCCCUUCGUGGAUACGCGUAACUUCAACGAAGUUCAGUCAUCGCAAUCAUGAUGUUCUUAAACGAUACGAUAAUGGUGCUCAUGUACACCGCGAAUAUGAUGGCAACUCUUCCCAAUGAUACCGAUACUCAGAAGGGUACCGGCGUAGAGAUCAAACGUCAGAAUGUCACGACCACGACCUUGUCUCCGGAGGAAGAAGAAAACAAGUUUGAUUUCGAAGAUGAAUGGUACAUGUGGAGAUGCUACAGACCGUACGGUUGUUUCUACAUCGGAGCUCCGUGGUCGGGUGAAAAUCGGCCAGUUUCGACGUUCCCGGGCCGCCCGGAUGCUGUGGAUCCUCAUUACAUGCUGUACACGAGAAGUCAUUCGGAAGAGCCGCACGAACUGUUGAUCGACGAGUUCGACAGCAUACGAAAAUCGCCUUUAAAAAAUACAACGAAUUUGUACUUCAUUGUUCACGGAUACUUGGACAACGGUGACAAAACGUGGAUUCUCAGAACGAAACGCGAGCUACUCAUCAGAGAAGAUUGCAACGUCGUUGUGGUCAACUGGAUCGGUGGGGCUGGACCGCCAUACCCACAGGCAGUCGCGAAUACCAGAUUAGUAGGUGCUAUGACCGCAAGAAUGGCCGCGCAACUAAUUGAAAUAGGUGGGGUCUCGACAUCGAGAAUCCACGCGAUUGGACAUAGUUUGGGGGCUCAUACUUGUGGCUACAUCGGCUAUCAUCUCCGCAUCCAGUACGGCUACACCUUGGGCCGUAUCACAGGACUCGAUCCCGCCGAGCCACACUUCAGCAACACAUCGCCAAUGGUCAGACUCGAUCCUACGGACGCGGAAUUCGUGACUGCAAUUCACACAGAUUCCAGUCCGUUCAUAAGCGGUGGUUUGGGUAUCAGUCAACCUGUUGGGCACAUCGAUUUUUACCCCAAUGGCGGCCGUAAUCAACCCGGUUGUAACCACGGUGUCUUGAAUUCGAUAACUUUGGAACGCGGCAGUUUCUUUCGUGGAAUAAAAAGAUUCCUUGGCUGCAAUCACAUUCGGAGUUAUGAUUACUUCAUCGAAAGUAUCAACACGGUGUGUCCUUUUCUCGCCGUGCCAUGCUCGUCCUGGACACGGUUUCUAGCCGGUGAUUGCUUCGACUGCCUCAAUCAGUAUUGUCCCCGAUUCGGAUUUGAUGCCCAGCCGGGAAAUUACCACGCAUCGGUCUACCUGCUUACUGCAUCGGAAAAACCUUUUUGCAAGGGCCAUUACCGAGUGAGGAUAAACAUUUCGAAAACAGAUGAGAGUGUGGUACACGGUGGUGAAGUUGGAAUGUUCGUGAUCCGAGUUGUUGGAAAAAACGGUAAAACAACUGAAAAAAUGCCGUUGAGCGCGAAUUCCGAAUAUUACGAGCCUGGCACUACUCACACUUUCGUAUUGCCCGGAGAAGUCGUGGGAGUACCCGAAGCGGUGGAAAUCACGUGGGAGUAUCAGACUUCGGUUUUCAAUCCUCUGACAUGGAGAUUGCUCCAUACACCGAGAACGUACAUCGAUUCAUUGACUAUCGACAGUCUCGAGUCUGGCCACGGAAUAACCGUUUGCACGGAUGAAACGAGGGCUUUGAUUGCAAACGAGCCGAGAACAUUGACCACGGACAACUGUCAACACGUUGAUACGAAUAUCGUCCACACGAAGUAAAAUCUAUUCUAACUCGUAUGGUUGGACGUAGCGACGGAGGAACGAUUGAAACGAUAACAAUGCAAAUUAUUUGGUUAAACCUUAUUAUAAACAAGGGAGAAAUAAAAAUAUUUACUAUUUUUUUAGAAUA